AUGUUACCUAGGCAGGCGGUGAAUGCGAGAGGACACGUGAAUGUUAUCAGCCAGCGCAUUGCAUCUACACUACAAUCAGCAGAUACCUUUCUCCCUGGACACUGGGCAAGAAUUCCCGCUCCUGAUAAGCUUGGAAUCAUGCUCACAGGUUCGACAUCCGCGCCUCCGGUACGGUCUUUGGUACUGUCGCCGCGAGACAGUUCGGAGCUCCUGUCGCCAACAGGCCCCUUCACUCCAACAUCGACCAAGGGUGCGGGUACAAGUGCCCUCUCCUCCAAGAUCGCCAGCGUCUUGUCUACCUCGUAUGCCGACACCGAGUUCCGUGAGGUCCUUUUCUUGCUUGAUGAGCGAGGGCUUCAGAACGUAGCAGAGAACCGUCGCAAGCUUCGACUGGAUCUCCAAAAAGAGGUCAUCGACAGCAAUGGAGAGAUCAUUCAUGAAUUCGGCAAAGUCGCCGAGCAACUCAAACGCAUCGGCUACACCAUCGGCAAGCUCAACGAAAGCUAUAAUGAUAUGAGAACACAGAUCCAUGCAGCUCACGCAUCCACCGCAUCCACCUUGGGCGAAGCCUCGCAACUCAUGACGCAGAAGCGGCAGAUCGAAAGCAAGCAAAAGUUGCUCUCGACCUUCAAGACCCACUUCAUCCUCACACAGGACGAAGUUGACGCCUUGACCUUGACCUCGGAGCCUGUAGACGACCUCUUUUUCACAGUCCUCGCCAAGGCCAAAAAGAUCAGCCGUGACUGCGAGGUUCUCUUGGGCUUUGAGGAUCAGACGCUAGGGCUGGGCAUCAUGGAGCAGGUCACACGGAACUUGAAUCACGGGUUCCAGAAACUUUACCGAUGGAUCCAGAGGGAGUUUAAAUCGCUGAAUCUUGAGAACCCCCAAAUUGGCUCGGCCAUCCGUCGAGCUCUCCGCGUCCUGGCUGAGAGACCUACCCUUUUCCAAAACUGUUUAGAUUUCUUCGCCGAAGCCCGCGAGCACGUCCUUUCCGAGGCUUUCUACACUGCCUUGACAGGCAGCUCGGCUGCUGGACUGGAGGACCCUUCGGUUAAGCCCAUUGAGCUAGUAGCACAUGACCCCUUGAGAUAUGUGGGGGACAUGCUCGCCUGGUCUCACUCGGCCGCAGUGGGCGAAAGAGAGGCACUCGAAGUCUUGUUCAUAUCCGAGGGUGACGAGAUCGCCAAAGGCAUCCAGGUGGGCAGAGAGGCUGAAGUCUGGCGGCUCGUGGCCGAGGAUGGGGAGGAAAUGAAUAUCUUCGAUCCUGUCGUGGCCCUGAACCAACUAGUAGAUAGAGACAUGUCUGGUGCAGUUCGCAUAUUACGACAGAGGGUCGAACAGGUUAUUCAGACGAACGAGGAGACCAUUCUGGCCUUCAAACUUGCGAACCUCAUCAACUUUUAUAAGAGCACAUUCUCCAGGUUGGUGGGCCCGGCGUCGGUUCUCGUUGAAGCGAUGGGUACCCUCGAAACGGAAGCAUUGCGCCAAUUCCGAUCUCUGGCUCGGGACCACGUCGCCACUCUUCAAACUGAGUUCCAGCACACUCCACCAGACCUUCGGCCUCCCGACUUCCUUACGGAUGCGUUGGAACAGCUAUCGGCAAUCAUGAAAACGUACGAAACGUCACUAAGCUCAUCGGGUGAUGAUCCAGAAGCAGAGUUCGCGUCCAUCAUGGCUGAGGCAUUCGACCCAUUCAUGGCUGGCUGCAUCAAUAUGGCCAACCAUGCCACCCCGCCGUCCAAAUCCAUCUUCCUGAUCAACUGCUUCGUGGCUGCGCGGACAACGCUCUCCGGCUUCACUUUUGUUCGCAAAUAUGCUACAGAAAUACAGACCAAAAUUGAGGAGGAAAAGGCUCGGUUGGUUAUUGCACAGUACGAGCUGUUCAGGGCCGACUCCGGUUUAGAUUCCCUCAUUGAAGCGCUGGAUGGGCUAGACAUACGGAAGAAGGAUGAUGUUGAAAAGGUUGCGACACUAGAGGAGGUUCAACCUGAAGUACUGCGACAGUCAAGUCAGAAGCUAGACGAUUUCUUGCCAUCGGCGCUGAUUGAUGCAACGGAAAAGCUCAAGAAUCUGCAGGAUUCCAAGCUGGCGAGCAGUGUGACUGAGGAGGCAGCCGAAAGAUUCUGCGUGGAUUUUGAACAUGUGGAGGAGAUGUUGUUGUCGGCUGACGAACUGGAGAAGCAAAGGAGAGUUGAGGAGGACGGCGACGAAGAACACUCCCAAAGUUUUCGGGCGCUGUUCCCAAGGACAUCGAGCGAGAUCCGCGUGCUAUUGUCGUAGCGUGAGCGAAACGGCGAAGGCAGGAGAAGCCAGCUAUUGUUUUUACUGACGGGACCCAGGUCUGCCAUGUUCUCGUCAACAUAGUUUCAAUCUCAUAAAAAUCUAGACUGCUGGGCAAGGUA